CCCAACUAUGGUUUGUGAUUCUUCUCCUUCUUCUUUCCAUGAUUCUCAAAUAAAACACGAUGUGUUUAUCAGUUUCCGCGGCCAGGACACUAGACGCAGUUUUGUGUGCCAUCUGCUAAAGGAACUAUGUCGGGUGAAAAUUAAACCUCAUGUAGAUGAGGACAUGGAGAGAGGAGAAGAAAUAUCAUCUUCGCUUCUGAAAGCAAUUCAAGAAUCGAAAAUUUCAAUCGUCAUAUUCUCAGAAAGCUAUGCCUCUUCAAGAUGGUGCUUGAAUGAGCUUGAAAAAAUAAUCGAGUCCAGGAACGUGAACAAACAGAUUGUCUUACCCGUUUUCUACGGCAUAGAUCCCUCAGAUGUACGGCAUCAGAAAGGCGCUUAUGAAAAUGCAUUUGCUGAUCAUGAAUUGAAUCUUCAAGGAAACGAUUUGAAGGUGCAAAAUUGGAGAUCAGCCAUGACGGAUGCUGCUAACAUAUCUGGCUAUGUUUCAUCCGGUUCCAAUCAUGACUCUGAGCUCAUCGAGAAAAUCAUCAAUGGUGUUUCAUUAAGAUUGAAUGCUACUCGUCCUUAUCCUAGUGAAAUAGAAGGCCUUGUUGGAAUUGAUCAACAUGAUGCUCCUUGUCCUAGUGAAUCAGAAGGCCUUGUUGGAAUUGAUCAACAUGAUGUUUCGUUAAGAUUGAAUGUUACCCAUCCUUGUCCUAGUGAAUCAAAAGGCCUUGUUGGGAUUGAUCAACAUGUUGCACGUAUUAGAUUAUUUUUGGAAAUGGAGUCAGAAGAAGUUCAAAUCCUUGGAAUUUGUGGCAUCAGUGGCAUAGGUAAAACAACCAUUGCCCAAGUUGCAUAUGACGAAUUCUCUUCCCACUAUGAAGGCCGUUGCUUUUUACACAAUGUGAGAGAAGAAUCGGAAGAGCAUGGGCUGGAAUAUUUAAGUGACAAACUUAUUUCUAAACUGCAGGAGGGUAAAUCCAUUCCUGUUCAAGAGAUGCCUAUUAGUAAAAGAAGAGUUUUGGUGGUGCUUGAUGAUGUGGGUACUCGAGAACAAUUAAAGCAUCUGGUUCCAGAGGGAAUUUGUUGGGGACCAGGUAGUAAAGUCAUUGUAACAAGCAAAAAGAAGCAAGAGCUAGCUGCUGCGGGAAGACUACUUCAUGACAUAUAUGAGGUCAAGGAAUUGGACUUUAAAGAAUCCCUCAAGCUUUUCAGCUUAAAUGCCUUCAAAAAGGGCCAUCCUGAAAGGGGAUAUGAAGAUCUUUCAAAAAGACUAGUUGCUUAUGCCAAGGGCCUUCCUCUAGCUUUGAAAGUUCUGGGUUUGUGUCUUUGUUCCAGAGGCAAAGAAGCAUGGGAAAAUACAUUGAGAAAACUUGAGAAGCAUGCCCCUCCUCCAAUUCGAGAUGUGUUGAAAAUGAGUUAUGAUGAAUUAGAGGGUGUACAAAGGCAGAUAUUUCUUGACAUCACUUACUUUCUUGGACAAAAACGUAAAGAUCAAAUCAUGAGCCUAAAUGAUGCCAAUGGCAUUUUUGUUGUGGAUGGACUUUCUGGUACGGUAUGA